CGUGUGGAAGUCCGCUCCACUCGCGGUCAAUCACAGCCUCGGACGCUGGCGGUCACAUCACGGUCGUGCGCGAUGACAUCAACGAACAAUGGCCGUCCUGGCGUCACGGUCGUCAUGUCGCCUCCUUGAUCGGGAGAGGGGCGCUGGACGAAUCCAAGAUGGCGGCGACGGUGUUGGUGGCGGCAUGUCCUCCUCUCAGUUGACCCAAUUGGCAUACCUGGAAAAAUGUGGAACAUGGCACCGAGAGGCGACACAUCGAGUUGCACUUCAAAGGACGUUUAAAACGUAUCUCCUUCUGUUUCCUGGAGCCUUCCCCCCACCCCCCAAUAAGACUCCCUGCCACUCACCCGCCCUCCCCUCCGUGAUGAGACAUGCCUCAGCCCUACUCCCUCCGCAGCCCCUAUGUGGGACCCUCGCCGCCCGGUUCCAUCACCCCCAAAGCCGCCCGCCGCCAACUGACAGGGUCAGGAGUAGGGGGUCAGAGGGUACCCAGCCAGGACCGGCUGUCGGGGGGCCGUGGGCCGGGUCCCCAGCCCGGGGGCAGGUUGGCCGCCUACCAACAGAGGCCCCCAGCCCCUCCUCACGGCAAGCCACGUCCCCUCCCCCCAGGCCCGGGGCCGCUGGACGAGAGGGGCCGCAAGCUGGAGGCCAAGGGGAGGCCAGGACGCAGCAGCAGGGAGUCAGCCCCCACUUCGUCAGCUGUGGCCCCCAGCCCCGGCGUCGCCAGGCGUGCGCCGCUGCGGGCUGACCGCACCCUUGGGGUUAAAGGCCUGCCCCCUUCCUCCACGGCCUCCACCUCCACCUCCUCCACCUUCUCCUCCUCCUCCUCGUCUUCCUCGUCCUCCUCCUCGUCUUCCCCCCCCUCCUGGCGGAAGGCCAGCCUGGGCGGUGGAGGGGUAGGAGGGGUAGCAACAGCCUCUCAGGCCCCCGGGGCAGUCCGCGCCGAUCCCUGCGCUGGGCUCCACGAGCCCCAGGAGCUGCAGGAGUGCCUGCGCAGGCUUGGUGCCGUCCGCCUUCGCCGAUCGCCCUCUCUGGGGCGCCUGCCCACCCAGCCUGAGCCCACCUCGACCCAGCCUCCCCCCUUGCCCCCACCCUCCAUCAAGAGCAGCUCCUCGCUGCGGGGCCUGCGUCAGGAUGUGGAGGCCCCCGGGGCUGGGGUGACCCCGCGGCCCAUCCAGUUGGACAUCCUGCCGGGUCCCUCCAGGGUCCAGGGGAGUGGCAGCGGCCCGGCUCGGAGCCAGGACGGGCAGCGGGAGGCUCCGCUCCAGGAACAGCAGAAACAAGAGAUUGUAACGGUUGGGACUGGCCUUGUUGGGCUCAGGAACCUGGGCAACACGUGUUUUAUGAAUGCAAUUCUUCAGUGCCUCAGCAACACUCAAGGACUCCGGGAUUACUGCAUCCGCAGGGAAUAUCAACUGGAAAGAAAUGGUUUUGGAAAGCGGAACUGUGAGCUCAUGGAUGCGUUCGCCAGUCUGAUAGCCAUGCUAUGGGAACCUUCAAGCAGCGGCUCCAUCAACCCCAUCCAUUUCCAACAGAAAUUCCAGAAGUUUGUCCCGCAUUUUGCGGGGUACAGCCAGCAGGAUGCUCAAGAGUUUCUGCGCUUUCUGAUGGAUUGGCUACACAUUGAGAUUAACCGGAAACCACAGAAGACUCCGAACAUCAUGUCGUUAUCCGGGAUCCAGGUGCCCUCUGACAAGAUGGAGAGGUUACGUGAUGAUGAAAAAUCGAUGCAGAUGUGGAAACGAUACCUGGAGAGGGAUGACAGUAAAAUCGUAGAUCUCUUUGUAGGUCAGUUGAACAGUACUCUUUGCUGCACCACUUGCGGUCACAAAUCCACCACCUUCGAGGUCUUCUGCGAUCUGUCGCUGCCAAUCCCCAAGAGACUGUCGAUGACAGGCCGUGUCUCCCUGCUGGAAUGUCUCAGUCUGUUCACUGCCGAAGAGGAGCUGGACACUGACAACGCACCGAUGUGCGAGAGGUGUAACCAGAGGAAGAGAAGCACUAAGAAGCUGACGAUCCAGAGAUUCCCCAAGAUCCUUGUUCUACACCUGAACCGAUUCUCUUUCAGUCGCUAUGCGAUCAGAAAGUCUACCACUCACGUGGAGUUCCCGUUGUACGGGCUGAGCUUAAGGCAGUUUGCUGCCGACAAGACAGGCAAUCCUGUUUACGAUCUCUAUGCAGUGUGUAACCACACAGGGACUGUGAAUGGCGGUCACUACACGGCCUACUGCAAGUCCAGAGGAAAGUGGCACGUCUUCAACGAUUCCAGGGUCUCGCUGAUUCAGGAGAAUCAGAUUGUCUCCAGUGAAGCAUAUGUACUUUCUACCAGCUGGACGAGAGACAGUCUGUUUGGUGAAGGAUUAGGGGCAGCGAGGUCGGGCGGGGGGGAUGGUGGGGGCGGGGUCCCUGCUUGUGACCCUCACAGAUCCUGGAGCCCUCCACCACCCCAGUCCAGUACUGCCCCACCACCCUCCACCACGUGGGUCCAUUCUGUCUCCCCACCCCUCACCUACCCGGUGCCCCCGCCACCUCUUCACUGUCCUUCCUCCUCAGAGGGGACCACUCUCCUUCACAUACCCUCCUCCCCACGGACUCUCAGGUGACUGGGCUCUUGAGAAGGAUUGAGUGGAAACAUUGCAGAUUAAAAUGGAAUCCGUUUACACUGGAUGCUGCCUGGAUUUCUUUGCACGGGCUGUGUGUGUGUCUGUCUGUGUGUGUGUGUCUGUGUGUGUGUUUGUUUCUGUGUGUGUGUGUGUGUGUCAGCCUGUCUCUCACUUUCCCUUUCUCUCCCCUCCCUCUUUCCAUCCUCCUCCCUUUUCUUUCUCUCUUCCCCCCCCCCGCCCCUCAGUCUGUCUCUCCCCAGUCCCUCUCCUUCCUUCCUACUAGACUGUCUUCUCCUCAAUCUGACCCCCAACCCAAGCCUCCCUCCCUCUCCGCUGUGUUGGUACAUCAGCAGUGUUACUGGGAAGCCCCGAGCUGCCUUUCGGCUCUUCCCAGCCCACCCCACCGAUUGGGGGACCCUAUCCUACAUCUGCCCACUCAGUUUGUUGUCAGGAACGCUGCAGACCCCCCUCCCCCACCUCAUGUUGUUCUUGAACACCCCCCUGUCAUCAGAAAGCCCUGCGUGAAGUGGGAGAAAAUGACGUUUGAGAUGUAACAAGGGGACUUCAAUAAAUCUGUUGGUAAAUCAGAUACAAACCAAAGGCUGGAGUUGGUCAAGUGAAAGUCUCUACCCUCUCUCCCUCUUUCUCUCUCUCUGUCUUUCUGUAGUGCUAUUUCUUCUUGCUCAUGGUGUUUUACUCUCUCAGUCUCACCCUUGCACUCUCUCUCUCUCUCUCUCUCUCUCUCUCUCUGCUGCUCUGUCUUUGCCUGUGCUCUCUCUCCAUCCCUCUCUUUUACUCUCUUCCACCUCCCUCUCUUUGCUUCUCCCAUCCCCUCUUCCCCUUGCCCCGUCUGUGUGUGUGCUUCAGUAAAAAUGGAAAUGUAAAUAUUGUAAUGCUGAAUCACCUGUAAACUAGAAACUACACGCACUCACACUCGCAAAGAGAAAUAAAUUAUUUUAUCCUUUUGCAA